GAUAAGGAUGGAUGAUUACGGGAGUAAGUUGAAGUAUACCCAGAAUGAGAAUGUGUUUGAAGUGGAAGAAAUCUUCACCAACAUUCUCUUGAGGCUUCCUGUUAAAUCCCUCUUGAUAUGCAAGUCCGUUUGUAAAUAUUGGUGGAGUUUAAUUUGCAGUCGUAGUUUCAUGAAUUUGCAUCUAAUCCAAUCUCAAGAAAAUCCCACUUAUGUUUUCCAUCGUUAUACCCUCCGAGGCGGCAACAUACAUUUGUUGACCAAAGCUGAUGAAGAAACCACUGAAAGUUUUCUUCCUGCAUGUCCUGGGUUUUACUCUAAAGAACCCCGGACACACAUAUCUACAACCCUGUCAUCGGAAAAGGCCUUAGACGUAGUACCUUGGACAUACUGGUCUGCAACCCUGCCACCCAACAAGCCUUGUUACUCCCACCAACCCCCGAAUCAAAAUAUCCAGGUGCGGUUGGUGUUUCUUUUGGCCCUACGAUCAAUGAAUAUAAGGUAUUUCAGUUUUUCUACAGAGAAAUGCAUCUUUAUGAAUGUUGGGUAUAUUCUUCCAUCACUGGAUCAUGGAAAUCCAUUGGUACUAUUGCACACUGUCCCUCUGGUUCUUUCAACCAUGUAUGUAUUAAUGGAAUAGUGUAUUGGUUCAGUAUAUCAAUAAUAGACGGACGACUAGUUGGUCACAUCCUUGCGGUUGAUAGGGAGGAAAAAUUUAG